AUGGAUGCCGAAGCGCUGAAGCAUGUGCUUAAUCAAUUGCAGGCAUCGAAUCAGGCAUUUAUAGCGAGCAUGGUAAAGGAAAAUUGGGAUUUUCUCGAAAAGACUAUUCGCGAAAAUAAAGUGGCUGGGGAGCGGCAGAUGGCCAUACCCAACUUUCGUCCAUUCAAUAAAUCCAAUGAUAGACGGAGUACAUACAUACUCCAGUUAGAGCAACAUUUUCUGGCAAUUUGUGUGACGGAAGAGCCAAUGAGAUGCGCAUGUAUACUCAGUUGGGUUGGAGCAGAAAAUUUAGAGUUGUUACAAACGUUUUUUGAUGGUAAAGUAAAAGAAAAAACUUUUAAGGAGAUAACCACGGCUUUAAAUGACCAUUUCAUCGAGAAGCAACACAUGCUAGCGGCAUGCUUCAAGUUGUAUCGUACCACAUUGAGAAUGGACCAGACAUACUCAGAUUGGGUAGCCGAGUUGCGAGGGCGCUCGAAAGACUUUAUGUUCACAUGUUGCAAAGCGGGAUGCUCUGAAUCAUAUGUUGACAGUAAAAUACGAGACAUGAUCGUAAUGCACACACGUUAUAAAAAGGUAAGGACUGCCGCAUUACAGAAAACAAAUCCAACGCUGGAAGAGGUACUACAAAUAGCAUCAAUUUAUGAGUCAACUGUUCGAACUUGUCCUGCAAUGAAGGAGCUUGGGUGCGCGGAUAGCAAAUGGCAAAAGAGUAAUAUUUCACGUGGCUCCCCAGAAAAAGCGCUGAAAUCAUGCCCUGGGUGCGGUACGUCGCACUGGCGAAAUGACUGCAUUUACUUCAAAAGGAAGACUAAAUGCAACAGUUGUUCAAGGCCCGGACAUAUUUCGUCAGUAUGCAAAUCUACCGAAAAACGUAAGACGUCGAAGUGCAAGCAAGUUAAUGUAGUUAAUGACGUUAGCCAACCGACUUUCGAAAAUAUCAGCGGGAUAAAUGUCGUUAAUACCACGAGCGACAUUGAUGAGAAAAUUGAAGUUAAACUCCAUGUAAAUGGUAAAAGCCUCAGUUUCCAAGUAGAUACGGGUGCAUCAUGCUCUUUGGUCGGAAUGCUUGGAAAGCCAAAAUGCGUGCGUACAGUAAAGUACUAA